CCGGGGCCUGGCCCCUGCCAGCCCUGAAGGCACCCCAGCCCCAUCUCGGGAAAGCUGAGCCCCCCAAUUUCCAGGAUCCCUGUGGGGUGGGAGGUUUGUGCCCAGCCUGAUGCUGGGCCGACAGGGGACAUAGGAGGCCCAAGUGCCCGCGUCGCCUCGGGGAAGAGAAACAUAUUCCACCCCACAGGGAAAUGGAUGGGCGGACCAAGGAGCAGGGGGCCAAGAGUGGCAGGCCCGGAGGGCUCACUGGAGAAGGCAGCCUUUGAUGAGUGCCUGCAGGAGGGCCAGGGUCGGGGGCGGCAGAGGUCUGGCGAUGGAAAGGACCAGGACCAGCGCAAAGAUGUGCCCGUGGGCCAGGUGGGACGCCUGCUGGGUGCGGCUCCUCCCACCUGGGCUGGAGGCUGAACACCCUCGCCCACCUUGAGCCGGUGAAGCAGAGGUACAGGCCCGGCCCCGCCCUCGAGGGCCAUCCAGCCAACCCCACCCCCACCCCCCACUGAGCUCCAGCUCCCAUGAUCACUUGGCUGAGGUGCUUCCAGGACCCACCCAUGAGGCUGCCUCGUGGCCCCCAGGCCCUGCAGCUCGCGCAACAGUACGGGCCGGCGUUCACUGUCCAUCUGGGGCGCCAGAAGACGGUGGUGCUGACCGGCUACGAGGCGGUGAGGGAGGCCCUGCUGGGCACCGGACAGGAGCUGGCCGGCCGGCCCCCCAUCGUCAUCUUCCAGCUCAUCCAGGGAGGCGGCGGCAUCUUCUUCUCCUCCGGGGCGCGCUGGAGGGCCGCCCGCCGGCUCACCACACGCACCCUCCACGGCCUGGGCGUGGGGAGGGCGCCCGUGGCCGACAAGGUCCUGCAGGAGCCGAGGUGCCUCACGGCGCAGCUGCACAGCGACGGAGGGCUGGCCCCUGGCCACACCGCAUCAGCCCCAAACCACAAGCGAACUCUCCAGAACAGACAUACAGGCUGCGGUCUCAGCUCCCGGGUCUGCAGGGACUUUGACUGGAGACGUUCUUCCGUGAGUCCAGAACCCAACGGUGUUGCGCGGCCGCCGCCCACCUCGCAGGGCAAACCCGUGGUGGGGGAGAGCACACUGGGGGCAGGGGUCCUGGCUCGGGCGUCCAACUUCCCGAGGCCCCUCUGUCUCAGCUUCCUUCCCGCCGCGCGGGGGCGGCACAUCAGGGACACUCUGGCUGGUCACCGCAUCCUUACAGGACCGACGGGACACGCUCAACACCAGUUUACCCAAAGUGGACGCGAACCUCCUGGGGGCGCAGAAGCAGCUGAGUCCCCACAUCCCACAGGCGAGGCCAACAGGAAACACCUGCUUCUCGGCCAUAAACGCUACAGCUACUGGCUCCAUGACGGCGGCUUCCUCGGAGGGCCAGGGUGCCGGGGGCUGAGGCUUCGACAGGCCAGGGAGCUUGACCGCAACCCAGAAAGCCCCGCCAGCCCCCGCCAGCCCCAUCCUGAUCCCUCGCGGUGCCGUGACCGCUGGCCUGAUGGACGCCCGGGACGUCAACAACAGGUGGGGGAGCUCCACCCGCCCCCUCAGGGAGGUGCCCCUCAGCCCACGGCCGGACGCCGCGCCGGCGAGCCUCGUACCCGCGUGCGGCCACCAGGCUCAGACUCUCCCCACCAACUGGCCCCUGGGGCCAUCAGAGUGCCGCCUCUGACCGCACAGGGACCCCAGGAACCGCCCGGAUCCUGAGCUUGCUCCCGCACCACGUGACGCAUUGCCUCCCCUGCGCCUUCCGCGGGGGACGCCGCAGAGGACCGCACUGCACCCCCUACGGGAGCCCCCCAGUCGGCGUCCGAGGGCCUCUGUGCACGAGUGAGGGGAGCGCCUGGCUCUCCUGGGCCGCUUCCCAUUAACAGGAAACGAGGACCCGGUACCCACCACGUUUCCCUUUUUGAUUUGGCUGCCAGGAAACCCAGAGCUAUGUUCUUGAUCAGUCAACCCGGAUUCCUUAAAGAGAACAUGCCGCUUCCCUGUGCCCUGUGGACCUUCUUUUAUUGCACGUCUAUUUCUCAGUGUUUUUAAAAUGCCCCAAAGCUGAGGGACAGUCACGUUGGCACCGGGCGGCUGCAUCACCCACAGAUUAUCUGCAGAACCGCGAUGACUCGUCGUCACAGGGUGCUUUCCCGUCGGGGACCUCACCUCACCUGAGGGCCUCCAGGAGGGCUGGGCCUCCUCGCUCUGUCUCCAAGGGCUGCAAGGCCGAAGGAGGUGCCUGGCCAGUGGCUCCCACCCGGAACUGGACGUGUGUGCGUGUGUGCCCAGUGGGCGGGGGGCACGCCAGAUGCCCCUCAGGGAGCAGCACAGCAGCCCCUUUCAUGGGGGGGAGCAGACGAGACCUCGGCGUGGACAAGACUCGCCACGUGGGGUGGCGUGACCCUGAGUCUGGGGUCGGGGUCACAGGUGAGAAGAGGGAAAGGCCCCAAGUGGUCAGCGAGGGACCUGCCCGGGCCCUCGAGACGUGUGGCCCUCCUGGGCUCGGGUCACCCCUCCUCGGGCCACCACCCCCACCUCCGCCAUUCAGGCACUGAAUGGAACUGAACUGAACUGGGGACGCUCCUCUGAGGCGAGAUCCCCGAGGGCCACGGUCAGGGCCCAGCCGAGCCAGGAGUGGCCACAGGAAGUCCCGGGGCCUCAUUCUGGAAUAAAGGGCCCCCGUUACUCACGGGCGGUCAGCACGGAACUCACGACAGAGCUGCCCACGUGACGCAAUCUCUCGGACUCUGCUUUCCUACUGCCCCCUGGUUACGUGGCUCACAAACCUGCAACGGGAGCAGGACUCCGGGCUCGGCCCCGCUCUGCUUCACUCGGGGCACCUGGGGCGGCUCCUCCCCCAUCACGGCGGCCUCGAAGCCACGCGGGGCCCGUGCGUCUCCCAGGCGGGAAGCCGACCACGCCCGAGGGGCAGAGCAUCACAGGCUCGGUGGAGUUUCAAAACUGCACAAUCACCCGCCACCAC